CUCCUCCUCCUCCUCCCCCUCUCCCUCCCCCGGCGUCGUUGGAGCAACUCGGCCGCCUGCAAUCCAACAUGGAGUAGAGAGAGAUGGGGCUCUAGCGGGGCCACCCCUCGGUAACAACAGCGACGACGCGCUUUUUACGCACAACUGGAACCGGAGUCGUCGGUGAAAACAUGCGCCUUAGGACUUAAAAACGGAGUGUGUGGCUUGCGUGUCCGUGUGUGUGUGCGUGCGUGUGUGUGUUUGGGAAGGGGAGGGGGGGGAGCGAAGAGAAGAGCUGGAUUCGGCUACUAAACGGUUUGUAUAGGCUAUACGUUACCCUCUGGAGGCGAUGGUGUAUUAAAGUUAGAGGACAGGGGCAUUCGCGAUCCAGGAGAAACUGGGUGGCUCCCGGGGGGGAAGAGGGGAAAAGUGAGGAAAAGAAGACGGAGGCACAGCCAGUAGAAGGCAAUCCAAAGAGCCGACACUCGCACAAAGGCGCAGGGGGGAUUUAUGCGGAAUUGGAGACAGAAUCGGAGGAGCCGCGGUGAAAGAAUGACGAGCGAAAAGUAUGCAACCGCCGUGGUACAUUACCUGAGGUGAAACGAGAAAAUGAUAGAAGAAACACACCCAAACGAUGACAGCUACAUCGUGCGUGUGAAAGCGGUGGUGAUGACGCGGGACGACUCGAGCGGCGGCUGGCUAGCCCAGGAUGGGGGAGCUCUGAGCCGGGUUGGAGUGUGCCGCUUGAUGCCACCAGAGCUGGCACCCGUGCCGGCCUCCCAGUUCCUCAUCCGUGGUGAACGGCUGCGGGACAAACAGGUGAUCCUGGAUUGUCCACUGAGGAAGGACCUUGUGUACACCAUAGCAACGCCCACGUUUCACCACUGGAAGGUGGAGGACAGGAGGUGUGGCCUCUCCUUCCAGAGUCCAGCUGACGCCAGAGCUUUCGACAGAGGGGUACGGAAAGCCAUUGAGGACCUGGCUGAAGGCUCCACCACAUCCUCUACAGCACUCCAGAAUGAGGGCGAGAUGGGUGAUGACGACGUCUUUACUAACACCACAGACAGCUCAUCCAACUCCUCCCAGAAACUGGAGAGCUCUCUGCAGCCGUUCGAGUCCUCGCCCCUUCCGCAGAGACACAAGUACAUGCCGGGACAUCGCCACGAACUCCACGACCCCUACCGGUUCUCAGACCACUACUUCUUGGACCAGCCGUUGUCACGCCUUCCUCGUCAUGUCACCUUCAAGGAGGACGAGGAAAUCGUCCGGAUCAACCCUCGGGAGCGCAGCUGGGAGCGAACAAUGGAGAGGCAUCUUGGGCGUCAGCCGGACCGUUCCUGGCACACAGGCUACGAGGACUACCGUCACGCCACUGUGCGUGACAAAUUCAUCCAAAUGGAGGACUCUGAGCCCUACGUCCACUUUGACAAGACGGAGGCGCAGAAGCACGACUACACCUAUCCGCUGGCGCCGGCCCUUUCACCCUCAGACUCUGACCCCGCCCUCGGACCCUUGGUCAGUAAGGGCCACGGUGGCUCGUAUCGGCAAGGCCUCUCCUCUGUGGUCUCCUCCCAGCCCCGCUCCUUCCUCCCAAGCUCCUCACCGUCCAGCAAUGGUGGGAAGCGGCAGAAGGAGGACGGGGCAGAGCGCGCUCAGUGCGAGCACUGCGGCGAGGCCUUUUACAUCUCCAACAACCGGAGAGGCCGGUGCCAGGAUGCGCCGGACCCUGUGCGGGCGUGCAUCCGGCGGGUCAGCUGCAUGUGGUUGGCAGACACCAUGCUCUACCACUGCAUGUCAGACCCUGAGGGGGACUACUCAGACCCCUGCUCCUGUGACGGAGGCGAGGGCAGCGGGGGAAGCCGACUUGGCUCACGCUGGUUAGCUCUGCUUGGCUUGUCUCUGGUGGCGCCGUGCCUCUGCCUCUACCCGCCUCUCCACGCUUGCCACCGGGCGGGGCUCAGGUGCGGCUGCUGCGGGGGCCGACACAAGGCCCAGAACUAAGCAGGAAACGUCUGGAAGCCUCUCAGAGGAAACAACACAAACCUAAACCCAACGCAAGCACAGGGAAAGGGAAGGAUGGGGAAAUACACAGAGGGGACAAGUGGUCAUGGCUGCUCGCUCUCUUGCCUUGGUUUUUCUGGUUUCUCUACAAAUUCCAGACACUGAAAUAAGCCAAAAAAAAAAAAAAACAACAAAAAACAAACAGUUGGUGCAUUUUCUGAACGGCCUGGGAAGAUAAGCUCCCCCUUAUGGCAGACAGUUCUCUCAGCUCUCCACGUGGCCAUUUCAAGCUCUGUUUCUAGUGAGAGAGCACUCUUUUUCAGGGGGCCUUUUUUUUUUAUAGCUGACCUAUAUGUCAUGUAUCACAUAUGCAGGUACUUUAUACUUUGUACACUGACUCGGCGUCAAAGAACUUGAAUUGUUUCUUUGUUCUAUUUUUUUUCCUCUCCUUUCAUGUACGCGUGGCCAUUUUGUUUAUAUUCUAUUCCAAUAUCAGGCCUGCUCAGCUCGACUCCAGCUACAAGAGAAAUCAGACACUACACCUCUUUGCGUGCGUGUGCUUGUGUGUGUGUGUGUGUGCGUGUGUGUGUGCGCGGAUGGCAUAUGUGCGUGCUUACAGUGUGCACCGAAGCCUUUUUGUUGUCUGUACUGCAGCGUAUAGUAAAGCUCAUGUAUAUAGUCUACAUAGCUUUCCACCACUGACAUCUUCUCUGUUCACUGAAACAAACGUGGUACUCAUCUUAAUCUUCUUCUAAUAUCCCAAAGAUUCAUGUUUUUAAUCCUAUUUAUUUUCUCACUGAAUUGAUCAACCAGCAAAAGGGUGCUGGGUUGUGAUUCGCUCACUCGACGAGACGGUGCUUCAAGUCAUGCUAUAAUACUCUUAACAUCCGUCUCCGUGCUCCUUUCACCUUAUUUCAAACAGUGCCUAAACUUUUGCCUGAACCAGGAGCCCAUCCAGUCUAAGAAAUCCAGUCAGUGUUUUUUUUUUUUUUUUUUGAGUUGAUUUUAUUUUACAUGCGCUCGAAGCGAUGUGAGAAUUUAAGGCUCUGAUUUCCUCAUUUCUCCACAGAACCUCAAGUAAAGUCAAGAACUGAAAAAUCAAUCAGAGGAUACCGUUAACGUUGGUGCCCGUUAUGCCUUAAAAUGUGGAGUGUCGCUGCAGACGUCACCGCUGUCCCUUUGAAGAUGUCUAACAAAAAGCGUGAGCGUGGCUACAGCUCGCAGCAGUCAGCCUCACCACAUGCUCUUUGAAACUUAGUUUUAACUAUUUUUGUAAUACAAUUAACUCUUAAAAAGAUUCUCGUCAAGUCUGUUAACUUAAGGACUCCAGUUUGCUUGCGAUGUACAAUCAGUCCCACCCACCCCCAGCAGUCACAUACGUGCAAGAGCAAAAUCGAAAUUGGUUAUAAACUGUCUUCAAAAUAAUUUUACGAUGUAUGUUUUAAAAGCAGAUAUAGGUAUUAAAAGUAGUGAAAAUUAGUAUAAAACCUUUUCUUUUUUCUGCAAGAAAACCUGGAUGAUUUCUUGACUUGCACAAUGUCACUACUGCAAUGUACUGAGUCUUAUUUCUCACUUAUUUAUAGAAAAUAAGCCUACAUGUCAUUUUUGAGCUGUAAAAAGAUUCUAAUCUGACAUUUUGGGAAACACAUUCUUGCUAAGAGUUGGAUGAGAAGAUCGUUAACCACUGUCGAGUCCGUGUGUUGAAUUUAAAGCUAAGCCAGAAGGCAGUUAGCUUCCCUUGCUGACGGGCAGAUCUGGCCUGGCACCUACCAGCACCUCUGAAGCUCACUCACAUGUCAUAUGUUGUGUGUUUAAUCCGUACAAAAGCUGAAAUGUAAAAACAAGUUGUGGUUUUACAGGCCAGAGUAUUUCUUGGCCGGACACAGUGACUUCCUGGAAUCUCCACUGGUUAGAAAUGUUUUUUUUCUUUUCUUCAAUUGUUUUGUUUUUUUGUUUUGUAAAUUGGAGUCAAUUUCUAUUGCUAUUCUGUCAUGCAGUAUUUUUCCCCCUCCAUGCCAGCACAUCGUCAUGCCCACAGAGAGGGACGUCAGCUCAACUGAAUUAAGAACAAAACGGUUAAAGUCGGGUUAUUCAGGGUCAUCGUGUGGUGUGUCGAUGUCCAAACGCUGUCCCUACCUGCCUGUGUCGCCUGCUGUUCGAGUGACACUCCAGCCAGCCAAUCACAUCGUCACACUGACAGCACAACACUAAACUUACAGCUGCUUGGGUGCUUUAUGCUUCGUCAAAGCCUGGCUGGUGGCAGAGUUGGGGAUGUGACUGGGAAAACAAUAAGCUUUGAAACUUACAGAAGAAAUAUUACAUUUAAAAAAUAAAAAAGCAGGACAUCAGUGGGGUCCCAUUGGAAAAUAACGCAAGUCUGAAAAGCAGCUGAAGUCCUGGAAACAAACAUCCAUCCCUGAUUGUUUUGCCAAGGAAAUGUCACUUACUGUAGUUGAAAUGCAGAAUGCCUGAGGAUGUCCUUUUUCCUUCCCCGCUUGUGUCUGUUUCAUACAUCCUGUCCUGUGUACCAGUACCUACGUCCUUGGUGUUUGUGUGUGAGUGUCGACGUUAAAUCUUUUUUUUUCUCCGUAUCAUCUGGUGUUUGAGUGUGGUCUCACAUGUCAGAGCCAUUUACAAGUGCCUGAACGCAUCCUCUUUAUCUCAUUGUGUAUUUAAAUUGAAAAAUUUAAAGAAAGACUCCCUGUAAUGAAUUAGACCCAUUUUUUACGCUUAGUAUUUUUACCUCUGUAAAAAAAAGAGCAAAAAUUAUAUUAUAUAUAUAUAUCAAGUGUAUGUUGUACAUUUUUAUUUCUAUUUUUUUUUUUUUAAAUAACUGUUUCUAACAUGUACGAUGGAUGUAGCUCUUGCUUUCGAGAAGGAACAGGAAGUACUUUGUAGAUACUGAAGGGUGGCCAGGUCUGUGAGAAAACUAAAGUGAAAUGUGUGUCUUACCUUCCGCCUCCAAUAAAAUGAGAGAAAACAGUGAAA